AUGCUGUGCACUAAGCGCCUGUUUGUUUGUCUUGUUCUCCCUGUUUCAGUCGAUGAGUGCCUGAAACUGUGGAAGCGGCUGAGGGAUCGGUAUACUCGUGAACUGAAAGCUAUUGAAGCGACGAAAAGGAGUGGCAGCGGCUACGUGUCUCGACGGGCCUGGGAAUUCACGGAGUCCAUGGCCUUUUACAAACACUGCGGCCGUCCGAGGAAAACUACAUGCAGUCUGGAGCCAGCCACUUAUGGUGAUGAUGGCGAGACCGCCGAGAGCAUCUUUGCAACUAUGGAAAAUACGCCGCCAGCACCCUCAGGUGUUGAAAGUCCCAUGGAUUCCCCACAGGAGCUACCAAUGCCAGCAACGCCGCCACCAUUGGCAGAACGACCACCGGAAACCGGUAAACAAGAGGCUGCACCAAAGCUUAAAAAAGGGAAAAAGAACGACAACUUUGAAGAGCAGCUGUUGUGCAGACUCGACGGCAAAAUGUCAGAAAAUGAGGCAUUUGGAAUAUCCAUAGGCCUUAGCUUGGACAACAUGCCACGUAAGGUGGCACUGAAAUGCAAAGCACGAAUAAUGACAUUGCUUGCAGAAAUGGAGGAAGAAAACGAUGUGCACACCAUCAACAUUAGUUAAACUUUGCUUAUGAGAUUGCUUGAAUAUGUUUUUUUUUCUUUAAGUAAUGAUGCACUUUAAAAAUUAGAAGUUUUCAAGAGUUAACAGGAUAGCGUAAAUGUGCUAUGUUCGCAUCAGAAAUCAUGUAAGGUCUACUUGCCUGCUUGUUUGUUAUGCUUCUCUUUUUGCUCGUGGGCAAUGCCGAUACCAUAUAUUCUGCGAAACAAUUCCUAAAUGCUGUCGCAUUAAAAGGUAGCUAAUCGAUACAAAUGCAAUUUAUGGUUUCCUACAUGCCAAAACCAUGAUGUCAUUAUGAGACACAAUGUAAUAUGGAGUUAAUUUUGACUGCCUGUGAUACACCAUGAAGCUGCUAAAUUUAAGUACACGGGUGUUCUGCCAAUUCGCCCCUAUCCAUAUGCGGCCACAAGGUUCAGAAACAAACCAUCUUCAUUCGCAGAGCGACACUUUGCCUGCUAAGCUUCCAUGCCGGGUUAUCAAUACAGAGAAUGCAAAUGUGAUACAAUGCAAGUGUGAUACGCUGUUUACCAAUGCUGUGAUAAAAUAUUUUAAGUGCCAGUACACGAACAAUUGUUCAUAUGUAUACAACAUUAUGCAUGUUGAACACCGCAUAGUCUGCUACUGUGAGCAUUUCUUUCUCGGUGAUGUGUGUUCCAGUACUAUCCGAGAUCUCUUUCUUGCAUUAAAUUAAGAGUGGUAUUCUGUUUUUUGUGUGCAUUUUCAGCAUGACAUGCUUUAAAAAGUGCACUUGUUUUGCAAUUCUAGUCUGUCUUUCCGAUGUGGCAAUAUCUUACAAUAUGUGACAGAUAUUUUUGCCUACUUUUCAUGUUAUUGUGCACCUUAUCAAAUGUUUCACUUUUACCACAUGCAAGGUAUUUGAGCACUGUGUAUAGUAGUACAAAAGUUUCACAAUUUGUCUAAUACAUAGGGAACACAUUGCAUGCAGCAUCAAACAAAAGGCUAAGUUCCACUGUGACGAUGAAUAUUUUAUUCUCAGUUGUUUUUUCUACAUAUUUCAGAGGUUUGUUCAUAUUCUUCCAAUGAAACAUCCCAGAACAAGCAAACAGACAACGCAGGCUGGCAGUUGUGAUUACACGCAAACGUACACCUUAUAUAUGUGUGUGUGUGUGUGUAAAAUUGUCUGAAUAUCUGCAUUUUUGUUUUUCACUUGCUGCAUUUUUAUCUGUGUUGCACACAAAUAUAUUAUGUUAUUAACACACAGGUAAGUGUAACUGCUCUUGAUUUAUUGUGCACUUCAUUCGAAAGUUAUCAUUAAAUUCCAUUUUUUCUA